UCGUGCUAGACGCGCGUGGUUGUAUGUUCGAGCUAGUGGUGUGCGGUUAAUUGGUUUCCGAGAUUACCCUUAAAAUUCCGAAAGUUUUACUUUUCAACUCAAGUUAUAUAUAGUAGUGGUAUGUUCUAAGUUGUUUCUAACAUUGACCUUUAUAAUAUUUUCAAGUUUUUAACAAUAAUUAAGUGCGCAUAAACAUAAAUAAUCAUGCGGUGGUUGCUGUUUUUGGUAGUUUACCUGUGUUCGGGAGUGUUUAACGGGAUGACAUUGUUGGGUGAUGACGAUGGAGAGGGUAACAACCUGUCUGAAACUGUCAAAGUUCUGAAAUCCAAAGUGGAUGCGCUUUUUGAUCGGCGUCAGGAGGAUUUCAGACUUUUGGAGGAGGCUUUCAGGACGACACUCGAGAAGAACCUGGAUUUGGUGUCGUUGCGGGAGGAGGUGGCCAGGCUCAAAAAAGAGCUAGCCGGUGCUUCCCAGCGUAACGACCACGUGAAACUGCAAUGGCUGUCGGACGGCUUGGCCGAGCUCAAAGCCGAAGUUGCUGAAUUGCAAAAUUCAACACGCGCCACUUCGGAGGCGGUUGCGCAUGCGCGUAGCGAAGUCACCGAGUUAAAACGCGAUGCUACCAGUUUGAGAAAUUUUCAGACGAAAAUUUCGACCAAAGUGAAAAAUGUCGAGGCUAAGAUGCGAGCGUCUAAGUUGCAGUUCUCGAGACUGAACUACAGGGACGACACAGACACCAACAGAGUGGACGUAGACCUGGACCAGACCCAGUUCAGACAUCACAGAGUGCUCAGAAAGCGGCUGGAAGUCGUCGAAAUGUCGAGCGAGGCUCUCGGCCAGGCCCAGGCCAGGUUGGAAACAAAACUUCAGCAUUUGGAGCACAGAAUUCGACUUGCUGAUACGGGAAAAGAAAAGUUCCGCACCUAUGAGCCGAGUUUUGAGCAGAGACUGCUGACACUUGAAGAAUCGGACAAAAUCAGGGCUGCCAACUUGUUGAACGUGACAAGACAGAUGUCAGGCCUGGACAAGCUGCACUCUUCCAUGCUGGAAUUGCUGGAGUCCGUCGAAACCAUCGAAAAUAAGGUUGACAAAUCUAUUCCGGACCUGAAGAGUGAAAUUUCGAAAAUGGAGUUUGGCAGUGCUCAGCUGACCUCAACUUUGGCUAUUGUUAAGGAGAUUCAGGAUAAUCAACAGCUGUCGGUAAAGGCGAUGAGUAGCGGUAUCUCAGCAAUGCAAGACAAAAUGGACACUGAUCGCUCUAGAUUGCUGAGUCUAGAAAUGCAGUUGUCGAAAAUGAAGAAUUUCACUGACAAUCAUAACGACUUGCACAAGAAUCUAUCAUCAGAUAUUUUGACCAGUUUCGCAACAAACGAUAAGAUGAACGGCAGCGAUAACGUGACCGUUAGAGUGUCGUUUCCAGUCACAAUGCAACAUCUCACCAGAAUCAUCAACGAGUAUAAUGCUAUCCGCGAAAAUCUGCCUAACGACUGCAGUGAGGUGCGGGGUCCAUCCGGGCUAUACAUAAUCACGCCGGGUGAGUCACUGCCGCAACUGACUUGGUGCGAUCAGGACACGGGAGCGGGGGGUUGGACGGUCAUCCAACGGCGCAAGGACGGGUCGCAGAAGUUCAACCGCAACUGGAACGAGUAUGUCCUCGGGUUCGGAUCGGCCGAAGGCGAAUUCUGGAUGGGCAACGAGGCGAUCCACCAGUUGACACGCGACAACGACACGACACUCCGCAUCGACCUGGUCGACAUCUACGGCAAAGUCUGGCACGCCGAGUACGACGAGUUCAGCGUGACGUCAUCCGACGACAGCUACCGUCUGCACGUGAGCGGUUACCAUGGCAACGCGAGCGACGCGCUCGAGUACCAGAACCACAUGCAGUUCAGCACCAUUGACAAGGAUCAUGACGUCAGCAACACCAACUGCGCCGCUAACUACGAGGGCGGCUGGUGGUUUUCGCACUGUCAGCAUGCCAACCUCAACGGCAAGUACAACAUGGGUCUCACCUGGUUCGACCGCAGUCGCAAUGAAUGGAUCGCCGUCGCUCGCUCCGAGAUGAAGCUCCGUCGCAGGGUCGCUCCGGCCGACAGGACUUGAAGUGCGGCAGGAGCGUGACCCAAGCUAUUCAGCAAGUGUGGAGAGUUCUAGGGAGAUUUAAUUAUCUGUAAGGAAAAGUGUGGAGAGUUCUAGGGAGAUUACAGAACUGUAUUUGUAGAAAAAAGUGUGGCGAUUUGAAUGUUCUAGGGAGAUUUGUAGGAUCCGUUUUUCUGUCCAAAUUAUCAAACAAUGUGUACCUUACUUUUUUAAAGGGAAAUCAUGAAGUGUCCCAGAUUGUUGAAGAUUUGUUUUAAGCCCCAAACUGUUGAGAAAAUGUCAAAGCUUUCUAGAAGCGAUUUGUUUUUAGGACAAUUUUUUAGGGUUUGUUUUGUGAGGAAAUAAUUGAGAAAAUGUGAAAAUUUUCAUUGUAUUUGUCUCAGAUUGUUGAAAAAGAAUUGGAAAAUAUUGGAAAGGAUUGACUAUUUGAUGUAUCCAAGAUGGGUGUUUAGAAAAAUGGGGGGAGUAAAUGCUUUGUAGUACGGGGGACUUGUUUUUAUGUCUCGGAUUGAUAAGGUACUGUGAAAAUUAUUGAAGGAGGUACCAUUUUGUGUCACAAAUCGUUGAGAUGAAAGAAAGCAGAAAAAGUUUUAGUAAUGACGAAGAAUCAAUUUAUGUUCCGGAUUGGUAAAGAAAAUGUGAAAAUUUUUGGAGAGCUAUUUUGAUAGAAAAUGAAAUAUUUGCAAACAUAAUCCAGAAUAGGGAUUAAUAGAUAUGCAGGAUAUAGAAGAUAUGGGAUUAAUUCAUGUCUUAGAAUCUUGAGAAAAAAAAUGAAAUUAUUGAAGAAAAUUCAAUAUUGUGUCCUGAACUGAACUAAUAUGAAAAUUUUAAGAAUUGCUUUAGGAGACAUUUGGUUCUGUUACUAGGAUUGUUCAAAAUAAUUAUGUGAAAAUUGUUGGAGAGUUGUGAGGGUUCGAUUUUGUGUCCCAGGAUAUGUUUGAAGCUAAUUUUCUUGUUGGACUCCAUAUUAGAAAAGUAUGAGGUGCAAGAUUAUUCCUGGUGAAUACGUUCAGGUAUAAACUAGCAAGGGGUUUCUCUUUCGUUGAAGGAAAUGACCUGUGUGUUCAAAGUUAUCCAUAGAGGUACGGUUACACUUGAACAAAUGUUCAUAUACUUGUACUAAUUUACAUUUUUGGCUCUCUAUACUGUAAGAAAAAGUUCCAAAAUCUACUAGAACAACUUCAAAACAGUCAAAUUCUUCAACUGGAGAAUAAUAUCAAAAAUAAUAGUUUCAAAGUUCAAAUUAUAUUAUUCAAGUGAACAUUUCUAAAAGCGUAAUCGAACCUCAAAUGUGAAAUGCCAAAAAGUAAAAUGAUUAAGUUUUUAAGUUAUCCUGUAUAGUAGUUUAUAGGUUUUGUUGAAUUUCAUUUUUUUUAUUUUGUAUGAGUUGAAAUGUGUUGUGAAUAAACUGGUCUUCUAUAACAUGGAAGACUUCUGUAUCAUGGUAACUUACCGUAUAUCAUAAAACACUCCUUUCCCAAAAAGAAUCUUAAAUUUAUUAUUCAAGAAAUUCAAUGAAAUACAUAAAUUUCUGCUUUCCAAUUCUGUAACAUGACUAAUUAUCUCAAUACUUGAGUUGAAUUAGGUUUUUUUAAUUAACCCAUACUUUCAACUCCAUAUGAAAUUAAUGCUAUAGGACUUAUUGCCAGUAUAUGUGUAUAAUAAUUAAUCAAUCACCACACUGUAAAUACAAACAAACGUAUUAUCACUUUAAAAUAGCAUUGCUUGUAAUUGUUUUUCUGUGACUUGAUAACAAUCAUCAUGAGAGUUAAUGAUAUCAAGAUUGUAAGUUGAGGCUUGAUAAUGGAUGUCUAAAAUUCAAUAAUUUUACUUGAUAAGUUGAAAAUUUCUUUAAUUGAAUUUCAAAGUUUGGAAGUUAUUUGAUGAAUACACUUGAAAGCUUAUUGAUUUUAAUAUCAAGCAAAACUUCCAAAAUCACUCUCAACAUAAUUAAAACGAUUGGAUAGUUUUGUAAUGAAUUACUAUUCUCAUUCGCUUAGAGUUCUUCCCAUUAAUAUCUAAUAUAGAAAUAUUGCUAUCAGAAACUAGAAACAUAUUCUCAUGAGUUUAUGAUGUGCUGUUUGUUUGAGCCAAAAAUCAAUAUAUUAAACUAGUCAAACUGUAUAUAAUGUUGUAAUUAAGCUGUAUUAGUUUAGUUAUUUAUAAGUUUCGUAUUGAUACAAUGUCAUUUUAUUAUUAUUUAUUUAAAAAACUGCAAAAUCGUUCUAGACUAGAUGAUUUUCAAGUCAUAGUAAACGUAGUCAUAUCAAGUCGUUGUUAUUAAUUUAGAUGUAAUAUUAUGUAAAGAGCUAGCCCAUGACAUUUUUUUAACGUAUUAUUUCCAGAAACUAUAUUUUACUAUGCAAACUACAGUAGAAUCAACACAUAAUCACUCUUUUAGUUAUCAUUUAAUAAGGAUAUGAAUUUUCAUGCUGUAGAUGAGAUUUUUUUCUGUUGAGAUUUAUCACAGUAUACAACAAUUAAUCUUAUGCUUCAAAAAUAUCAUGUAAUAAAUGAAUUACAUAUAAAUCAGAAUGAAUACUUUCUCACUGUACUAUAAUUUAUUGCAAUGUGAAUAGCUCUCACCUUUUGUUAUUUUAUAGACUAGAUUUUUUCGAAUUAGCGAAUUUUUUGUAUUUUUGUAAGAACACCGUUACUCUUUUUUAUCAACGGUCUUUUUAUCUUAAAAUAAAUUGUGUCUCCCAUCAAGAUUGAAACGUAGAAGAAGAUGAUCUUGUAAAGUGAAUUUACUUUUGAUGUAACACAAUCUUAGUGUGCCAUUGGUUACCCCAAUAUUAAUAGAAGUAUAGAAAACAUUUUGCGUAGUCUAAUUGAAAAUUGUGUUCAGAAAAACGAUCUUGUAAUUGAAAUAUGAUAUAUAACUAGUUUUAAUUCUAGAGAGUGACUGUCAUUGCUAUAAGUGGAAAAUGUUCUUCGAUUCUGCACCAUACUUUUCAAAUAGUUUUUUUUUCAUACUUAUGGAAACAUUUGAGAGAUAUAAUAUUUAUUGUUACACAGAUUUUCUCAUUUUGCAGUUCUGAUAAAUAUUUCCAAGAUUCAAGGAAAGUUACAGAUUACAAUGUAAAUGUAUCAAAUGAACUCAAUCAGGUUUGAUUAAAUGGUUCUGAUGAAGAUGAAUAAGACUGAAGACAUGAUGAGUAAAUAUAACUUGUUUCCAUUUUUAUAGAAAUAGAGUUUUACAUAAUUUAUUGCAUUUAAAGGUCUAUUCCCGUUCUCACGGAUAUAUCGUUCUCACUGUUUUUAAAUUUCAUAAUAUAACAAGCUUUCUCCCCAGAUCUCCUGAUUUUUAAGGCUAUGUAAGAAUAAUGUUCACUUACUUAAAAAUAUGUUAUGUGUAAUAACUUACCUAGAGAAAGAGUUGAGAUUACUUUUAAGUUAAGCUAAAUUUAACAUUGGGAGAAUUAGACAGAUGAAUGAGACUUUUCAAAUAUGAUAGCAUAAAUUACUUUCCAAAAAAUGAAUGAAUGAAUGAAAAAUAAUAAAAUGAAGAAACUAAAUCGACUUUUUGUUUCAAUAUGUAUUGAAUAUUGUAAUUGCAAAGUUGAAUUUGUAUUAAAUACGUUGAUUAAAUCUU